AUGCUUCGACUGCGACCGCGCACCUUGCUCCUUGCAGGCUUGCUUCUUGCACUCAUGCUCUACUCUGUGCGCCGCAGCUUCUCGACCGCCAUGACGAACGCACCUCCAACCGUCAUCGUCGUCGGCUCGGGCCUCGCCGGCCUCUCGGCGGCGUACACUGCCGUGCGUGCCGGCGCUCGCGUGCACCUCCUCGAGCGCGCCGGCAAGGCAGGCGGGAACAGCAUCAAGGCGAGCUCCGGCAUCAACGGCGCCGGCACGCGCUUCCAGCUCGCUAAAGGAAUCGACGACACGAGUUUCUACGCCGACACGGUGCGCUCCGCCGGCAAGCGCUUCACCGCGCCAGGCGUCAACCGCGACGCGCUGGUAUCUAAGCUCACGUCCGAGUCGUCCGCGGCUGUUACGUGGCUCGCGGACGAAAUCGGCGUCGACCUCGCCGUCGUCGCGCCCCUCGGAGGCCAUAGCGUCCCGCGCACGCAUCGUGGCGGCGGAAAGAUCCCGCCAGGCUUUGCAAUCAUCAAGGGGCUGCUCGACAAGCUUGACACCGAGGCGGCGUUCACGCUCACCAAGGGCGCGGACGUCACUGGACUCAAGACACACAACGGUGUGGUCACUGGCGUCACAUAUGCCACGGACAACGGGACGCACUCGCUCACCGGGCCGGUCGUGUUUGCCUCGGGCGGGUUUGCGGGCGACGCGUCCCUGCUGGCGGAGUACCGUCCCGACCUCGCUGGACUGCCCUCGACCAACGACGUGCGGCCAGGGGCGCACAGCGUCCUCACCACUCUCGGCGCGCGCCUGGUCGACAUGGAUAGCGUGCAGGUCCACCCUACUGGCUUUGUCGACCCGGCUGACCCCGGAGCCCGCAUGAAGUUCCUCGCGGCCGAGAUGCUCCGCGGCGAGGGCGGUAUCCUGCUCGACCAGGACGGCAAGCGGUUCGUCAAUGAGCUCGACACGCGCGCGGCGGUCACCAAGGCCAUCUUCGAGCUACCAUCGCGUGAUUUCGGCACGACACGGCAAUGGGGCGUCACGCUGCUGCUCGACGCCGGCUCAGCCAAGGCCGCAGAGCACCAUGUGUCAUUUUACGAGUGGAAGGGCCUCCUCAAGAAGGUCAAGCUGCGCGACCUGUCUCCAAGUGUCAUCUCCGCUGUCGACGCGUACUCCGCCUCGCGCGGCUCGCCCGACAUGUUUGGAAGGCGGACGUACGGUAACUGGCGCCACACGCCAGGCGACCACGACGCAGAAGUGUACGUCGGCGACCUGACGCCCGUGACGCACUUCACGAUGGGCGGCGUCGCGAUCGACGCCGACGCGCGCGUCCUCACCACCAAGGGCGACGCCGUGCCCGGUCUCUGGGCCGCGGGGGAGAUUACAGGCGGCGUGCACGGCGAUAACCGCCUCGGGGGCAGCAGUCUGCUCGAGUGCGUCGUAUUUGGGCGUACGGCAGGCGCGGAGGCGGCCAAGGCUGCAGUGGUCGCGGGGUCGGCGAGUUUGUAA